GAUAGUUCAAUGACAUAUUUGAGCCUUUUUCCUAUAUUAUAAAGUCUUAUUUUAUAUUUUUAUGAUAAAUUAUUUUCAAGGCUCGAACCCGUAACGUUACAACUAGUUGAAAGCAACUCACACCCCGUUUCUAGAAAUCUCACAUCACUCAUAACCUCAUCAAUCCCCCCACCCCCACCCAAUUUCUAGAAAUGUCUUUUCCCUCAAAAAGAAUGGAACAACAACAACCUUAUUGUUAGGACAACACAAUCCAAAAAAACACAAACAACAUUUGCAAAUUGAAAACACACAAAAAGAUCAAGUAUGGCUUUGGUUCCAAAUGAAGGGCCACUAUUUGCUGAAGUAGAGAUGAGUGGUGAUUCUUUUUCCUCCACUGUCCGUGCCACUGUUGUUCAAGCCUCCACCAUUUUCUAUGACACACCUGCCACUCUUGAUAAGGCUGAGAGGCUUCUUGCCGAAGCGACUUCCUAUGGUGCUCAGCUGGUGGUGUUUCCUGAAGCAUUUAUCGGUGGUUAUCCACGUGGAUCAACUUUUGGUGUCUCAAUUGGGAAUCGGACAGAUAAGGGGAAGGAGGAGUUUCGCAAAUAUCAUGCUUCUGCGAUUGAUGUGCCAGGUCCUGAGGUUGAUCGCCUGGCAGCAAUGGCUGGAAAAUACAAGGUGUACUUGGUGAUGGGUGUUAUUGAGAGAGAUGGAUACACACUAUAUUGCACAGUGCUUUUCUUCGACUCUCAGGGUCACUACCUUGGGAAGCAUCGAAAGAUAAUGCCAACAGCGUUGGAGCGGAUAAUCUGGGGUUUUGGGGACGGAUCAACAAUUCAAGUUUAUGAUACUCCUAUUGGAAAAAUAGGUGCUGCAAUAUGUUGGGAGAACAGAAUGCCACUUCUGAGGACCGCAAUGUAUGCUAAAGGCAUUGAGAUAUAUUGUGCACCUACAGCUGAUUCUAGGGAAGUGUGGCAGGCAUCUAUGACCCACAUUGCCUUGGAGGGCGGUUGUUUUGUUUUAUCGGCCAAUCAGUUCUGUAGAAGAAAAGAUUAUCCACCUCCACCAGAUUAUGUUUUUUCCGGCUCAGAAGAAGACCUUACACCAGAUUCCGUUGUUUGUGCUGGCGGCAGUGUAAUUAUAUCUCCAUCAGGGGCUGUGUUGGCAGGACCAAAUUAUGACGGGGAGGCACUCAUCUCAGCUGAUCUAGAUCUUGGAGAAAUAGUUCGAGCCAAGUUUGAUUUUGAUGUGGUUGGGCACUAUGCAAGACCUGAAGUUCUCAGCUUGACCGUGAAGGAUCAUCCGGUGAGCGCUGUUAGUUUCACUUCUACAUCUAGUACUAGUAAAGCAGAACGUUCUACUAAAUGACAAAGGCCUCCUUACAUCUGCUUCUACUACGUCAGAGCCGUCUUUGAGUAAUCAGAACUUCCUCUCUCCUCUCUGAUCGUAUAAGCUCGAGGUGACAAAUUGCUUCCUUUACGGCAAAGGUUGUAUAGUAGUCCUUUAUUUUCCAAGCCAUGUACAUCCCUUGAGACUUAACCAAUUGGCUAACUCAGUCUUUUAACUGUAUGAAAAGCAUGUUGAUAUUCAGUUCUGCUCAAUGAAACUCUAGCCUGUUUGUCUC